CCCGCCCCUAGCUGGGGCUUGGCAUGGUUGGGGCGCCGCGGCGGUGGCUGGGCUCGGAGUGUGAGUGGCCUAGCGCCGCGUGUGACAGCUGCAGGGCUUAUCCCCUCCUAAACUGGACACCGUUCGAAAGCGCGCCCUCCACUCGCACUGCUUGUUGGGCUCAUCAUGAAGCGCUUGGGCUCCGUGCAGCGGAAAAUGCCGUGUGUGUUUGUGACGGAGGUGAAAGAGGAGCCUUCCGCCAAAAGGGAUCAUCAGCCAUUUAAAGUUUCGGCAACUGAAACUAUAAGUCACAAGGCAUUAGAUGCAGAUAUAUACAGUGCAAUUCCAACAGAAAAAGUGGAUGGAACAUGUUGUUAUGUUACUACCUAUAAAGAUCAACCAUACCUUUGGGCCCGACUAGAUAGAAAACCCAACAAACAAGCUGAAAAAAGAUUUUAAAAUUUUCUGCAUUCAAAAGGAAACCCAAAAGAAGUUUUUUGGAACGUUGAGGAGGACUUCAAACCAGCUGCAGAGUGCUGGAUACCAGCAAAGGAAAUAGAACAAAUGAAUGGAAACCCAGAGCCUGAUGAAAAUGGACACAUUCCUGGUUGGGUACCAGUAGAAAAAAACAACAAACGGUAUUGCUGGCACUCCUCUGUAGUUAAUUAUGAAUUUGAAAUUGCCCUGGUACUAAAACAUCAUCCUGAUGAUUCUGGACUUUUGGAAAUUAGUGCAGUGCCACUAUCAGAUCUCUUAGAACAAACACUGGAGCUCAUAGGAACAAAUAUCAGUGGAAACCCAUAUGGGUUAGGGAGCAAGAAACAUCCAUUACAUCUUCUUAUACCACAUGGAGCAUUUCAAAUAAGAAAUUUACCUUCAUUGAAGCACAAUCGUCUCUUGUCCUGGUUUGAAGGUUGCAAAGAGGGUAAAAUUGAAGGAAUAGUAUGGCAUUGCAGUGACGGCUGUUUAAUAAAGGUCCAUCGCCAUCAUCUUGGCUUAUGCUGGCCAAUUCCAGAUACUUACAUGAAUUCAAGACCAGUUAUUAUCAACAUGAACCUGAACAAAUGUGACUCUGCCUUCAAUAUUAAGUGUUUAUUUAAUCAUUUUUCAAAAAUAGAUAAUCAGAAAUUUGCCAGACUCAAAGAUAUAAUAUUUGAUGUAUAAAAUGCAAAUAAAAUAAGUUUAUUAUC